AAUGUUCGGAUCCCGACCCCCCAGCUCACAACGCAUUGAGAACAGCACCAUCUUAAAUAUAUUGCCAGUCCCGAGCGCAUCCCCCACUGGUCUAGCUUGUCUCUUGUUACCCGUCGCUCUUCCAGGACGAAACGAACAAAAGUAUCCGUAAAGGGGUCCUGGACGGUUGAUGCUGGUUGACAACCUCUUCCCCUCAACAGCGCCCACCGCACAACCCACACACACACAAACCACACAACACGCACGCACGCACGCACGACGUCCGAUUUUCUUACGCAGACUACUCACUACUACACACGCUCUCUCACUCUACUAUUACUUACACACACACACACUCUCUCUCUCUCUCUCUCUCUUUUUCCUCUCUGUGUGUGUUUGUGCGCGUGUGUCCUGUUCUCUUUCGCACUCUCCUCUCUCCCAUUACAUAUCUCUCCCACUCCCUCACUCCCCAAUCGUACACCCUCGAUCCCGACCCCGAAAGAUCCAGAUCCAAGUCGGCCCAGUUUUUUCAUCGUAUAGUAAGGACAGUAAACAAAACGGGAACAGCAGAGAAAAAAAACCCUCGACUUGCUUGGAGCCCGUCCACAAAGCGCACUGGAGAGGAAGGGGAAUCCUUGAGAGGGGGCACGCCCGGCUUGACGUCGCCCUCUGCAUUAAGUCGAAAACAAGAUGUGGGCUACCGCUCCACUGCCGUAUUACUCGGCCUACAAGCCAAACCGAAGGAAAGAGAGGGCCAGCACCGGCAACAACAAAGAUAGCUCGCCGCCGUCGCCUUCCGUCCACAGCAGACAACAUCCACCACCUCCCCUCCCUCUUCUCUCUACCCAGUUUCACCCAGACAACAUCACGGAUUUGCUCGAGCCUGCUCUUGAUGGACCGCCAUCGCCGGAAAGAAUUCGUGCCCUGAGCAAGCAGAUGAAGAGGGCCUCGGCCGCGGACAAGCACAAGAGUCACACAACCACGUCCUCCGGCUCGUCGUCCUCGCUGCGCUCACUCAACUCGGACCGAUCGUGGGAACACACCCUGGAAACCAUCACCAUCUCGAGACGUUCUUCCGGCCGCUCAACCUCGAGCACCAUGCCGUCGUCCCGAGACCGCCCAGAGAGCGUGCAGCUCUUUGGCAAGACCAUCUUCAACCGCAGGGCCAGGAUGAAGCGGGAGAGUAGCAGCAAUCAGACACCCGCUGGCACUUCCUUACAUCCCGGUGAGCUUGUCCUCGAUGGUCCGACCUCGACCAACAAGGACCACUUCAUCCCAUCCAUUUUCGGCCGUCGCAGGACUCUAAGGCAGGACGACCUAGGUGACGACCCGGCCCUGGCACGAAAGUUGCAGAUAUCAGGCCCCUACAACUUCCAACACGUCACUCACACCAAACGGGAUCACCUGCCGGACCUUCAGCGGGGCAGCCGUGCCGAGCUGGUGACCGAGUUUUCCGCCAUCCGCGCCGGCCAACGGCCGACCACUGGCCAACCCCGCGGGUUCGACGUCGAGGACCUGCACUUUGCCAACUUCUCAUCCGAAGCGCUGCACAUGCUGCAAGACGGCACCGCCGCCGCCGCCGCCACUGCCGCCCCAUCAGGCGAAACCAGCGCACAAGACCUGUCGCUGAACCGCCCGCCCACCAUUUCCCGGCAUACAGGCCCUCCCUCGGCGCCCCGGCGGAUGAUCAAACACACCCGCUCACAGGAACAACUGCGCUCGAGCCCGCCACGGCCGGCGCCCCCGCGGCCGCCUAGGUCGCCCAUCCGCGAAGAGCCCAUGUCGCCCACCCUCCCGGGCUCGCCCGUCCCCCCGCCCAGGUCGUCGAGCCGGAUCGCGAAACACUAUACGGUCUCCCAGGAAUCCGUCGCCACGGCCGACAGCGGCGCACCGCAGCGUCCCCAGACCAGCAACGGCAUCCAGAGCCCCGGCUUCCCCUCCGAGGCAGUAACCGAUGUCAUCGAGCCUACGGCCACCGCUCAAGAGACGACGUCUUCCGGCGGCGGCGGCCUGGAGGUGCUGACGAGCCCGCGAUUCUCCCACGCAAUCACUACCCCCGACGAUGCGGCGUGGCCGCUGACCGCCAGCACCAACUUUUCUUACGAGAUGGCAUUGCCAGACGUGCCCGAGGAGGAGGAGCAGUAUGUUUCGACUGGACGGUCUCGUGGCAGCUUGGUCAGCACGCGUUCAUCGCUCCGGGGAAGCCAGUCCGUGCCUGUUUUGAGGCAAUUGGCGCAAACUCAAGACGAUCCCGAACGGCCGCCGAGCGGCGCGUCGGACACGCUGGGCGGUAGCCUCGACGUGCUUGCUACGCAAAAAGCGUCGAGGGAGGUUCAGGGGGCCGAGUCCGACGCGGCCGAGGCUCCUCGUCGAGCCAGCUGGGAGGACGACAUUGACUAUUGCUACGAGCAUGAGGUCGAGGCCGAUUGCGAUUACGCAUGGGACCGUCCGUCCUUGGACCUCGUAAGGGAAAGUUUCGUGCUGACCAACUUCGACACGGACAACUUCUUCGUGGCGCCGCUUUCGGCCGGACUGAUGCCAGCACCAAGCGGACAACACAUAGACAACAUGCCAGCGCUGAGCCCCGCCAGCCAGACCUCGAUGAGCGGCCACGAGGCCAUCACGCCGACCGUAACGACGACAUUGCCCGUCAAAUCCAACUUCUCACACCCCCGGAAGGAGACGAAUUACAGAGGCACCUCGCACCUCCACGUGAGGACGGCAUCGCAUGCUUCGAGCUUCAAGGAGUCCCACGGGUUCAACCUGUCGCCGUCGCUUCUCAUCCCCGGAGACUACCGCCAGCAGAUGCUGGCCGAAUCGGAUACGGACUCGUACCCCGUCGAGAUUUCGAGGCACAACUCGGACCACUUUUCCUUCGACGAGGAGCCCGUGCUGACGAUGGAAACCCCUGGCCUGUUCGCCCGAGACCGCGCCAGCACGUCGACGACCGGCAGUAACUCGUCGAGCCAGACCAGCUCGACAGGAGCGCGCCACGCCUCCACCAACUCGACAUGGACGGCGCUGACCAGGUAUACGGGAAGCACGACGUUUGAAGGAUGGAACCCCAAGUUCGAAGGCAGCGACCACUCGCGUUCGUUCAGCGCCGACGACUUCCCCGAACUCGCCCUCGGGUCCCCUCGGGGACUAAAGUCCACCAUGACGCCUCUGCCCGAGUCCGAUGAGGUCCUGACCAUGUCUCGUUCGACGGGCGACAUGCGCGCCGCCUCGGGACGGCUCGAUGCCAGCCAGUCCCAAGAGAACCUGCCGCUCUACAAGACGAAGGAGCCCGUCAACCAGCACCGACGCCAACGCGCGCAGACUCUGAGCGCCCCUCCGCCUCCCGGGCAGUACGCUCUUUUCCCGCCCAUCUACUCGGGCAGCCGAAUCUAAGAGUCUGAGGCCCUACACAUAACAGCCACACAUCCCAAGUCAACGACUCACAUACACACACACACACACACACACAUACGCACACACAGACACUACAUACCACAUACCACAUACCUUCUACAUCCCCUACCAAACACUCAUCUUUCACACAUCCUUUCUUGCUUCUCUACAUAUCGCGGCGGCAUAUCCGAGACUGCCGUGGUUUGUUAUAGACUUUUGGCACAUUCGGAGGAGUUUCUCUCGCGGGCUCAACACUUGCUUUUUCCCUCUCUCUCUCUCUCCCUUGCACAUAGACCGCCUACCAUGGCUGCCGCGGCUCGGCAUCACAACCCAUUUCCUUUUGUCUACAGGCCCUCUCGGAAGGAAGAGCCGACGGCGAAGUCCGUUUCAUCACCACCACCACCACCACCACCACAACGGGCGCACUUCAAGGAGUCAACUUUUUUUUCCUUCAACAUUUAUACUACCACCACUGGCAUCACCGCCACCUACU